CGAAUCAAGAGGGUACCAAGCUGGCAAGGCAGGCCUAGUACCCAAAUAUGAAAUUUGGCUAAAUAUGGAACGUCGAGCAUGGAGACUUGUCAGCCAAGGUACCAAGCUGACAGGGUAUCAACUUGAUGGAGAAUUGAUGUAGAGCCCCUUAAGGGGUCAUAUGGAGACUAAGUCCCAAGAUGGGCUUGGUGACCCCGGAUACAAAGCCGGCGGGGCGGCGAGGUCCCAACUUGAUGACAUUCUAAAAACUAAGUAUGGAGACCAAGCCGACAAGGUUGGCUUGGUAGCAGGGGGCGACAUGACUGGCUUGGUGGCAGGGGCCGACAUGACUGAUUUGGUGGCAGGGGGUAUCAAGUCGGAGAGGCAACAAAAGCAGGAGCAAGACGAUAGCAACAAAACUAAGUAUGGAGUCUUGGGGGGCUGCAAAGGGGGUGGUCGAAACUUCAUCGUUGAGGAAACGUUAAGGGCUUCAACCCCAUCCAGUUAAGAGAAGGAAACACGACUCAACACCAACCAUGUCUGCCUUCAAGGCUACCAAGUAUCAACCAGUCAACAAGGCCAGGCAAGGGGCCCUGACACGCUUGUACCGUCGCACUAGAAAGUGGCCAAGUGCAACCACCUGCUAAUGCGUAGUAUAGCGAGCUUAGCUUCAAAUGUCAACCAGGAUCCUAGGUGUGAUGACUACUCCAUGAGAUUCUUAUUAUUUAGCGGUUCAACUAUAAUGAAGUUCCAACUAAACUAGCAAACAAAAGCAUUAAAUGUUGUGUUCCAAGUUUGAGAGAGGUCACCCAGAUAUGGUUCCCCCUAGAAUGCAGUUAAGGCAAGUUGUAAUUCACCUAAUCCAGUUUCAAUGAUAAUUAUACAGCGUUCAAUGAUAAUUAUACAGCAAAAGGUUCUUAGACAGUCUGAAGUCUCGACUAAAGAUCUCCGGACCCUCUCAAUGUGAAUCCCCAGCGGGCAACUAACCUCCACCGGAGUAAACAAACUGAGGCCCUAACGUGCCAAACCUCUUCUACUAGAGUAAAUCCAGUACAAAAUAGUGAACCGACUCCUUGGCUAAAGUCGUCAAUUCACUACCUUCAAUUACGGGUGCUCUAUCAACCUAGGCGGUUAUUCUCUUUCUAGGUCAAAGCAGAAACUACAGGAAUUUGAUAAGAAUUCAUGCAAUUCAGAAAAUCAUGCCUCAAGUGAAUAUAAUCAAUAUUAAAGAACUUGUACUUGGGUUCAUACAACCAGACCUAACAUACAAAUCUAGGGUUCCUCAUACACAGGUGAGUGAGAAGGUUUACUCCAUAGAGAGAGAAGAGAAAUCUGCUUCAGAUGCGGAAGUCAUUCUGUGAAGGAUGACAAUCUGCUUCUGGUAAUCAAUCGACACUUCUCCAAGCUUCCACCGAGCUUCAAUGGUGUUGAAGAUCGAUCUAGGGCGCUUGGAAAUUCUGGUUCGUCACUUUCUUUCUAUAGGGUUCUGCGCUCUAUCUCCAAAAAUUGGACGCCAUGAAAAUUGGCCUUCUUUCCUUCAAAAGGGUGCAGAUCGCGAUACCGGACCAUAAUACUCGGUUGGGUAUUUCAGGAGACCGGCCGAGUAUUAUGAAACGCAGCACAAUGGGGAUGAGGGAAUACCCGAUCGAGGUUGAGAAUACCCGAUCCGGUAUUUAUGCUUUCUGACCGGGACCCCUUCUGCUUCAUUGGCCUCCAAAACAUCUUUACCCGGCCUCCUUUCAAGUUUUACCCGGUUGGGUAUUUAGUGCCUAACCGGUAUUUUCGCCUGACAGCUCCUCUAGCUCCAGCCUUCCACUUUUCGACCCGAAACUCGUCUCCACGCCUCCAUAUCCACGCCAAGUCCUGAAAUAUGACAUAAACGAACAACCUAGCAUGAACUCGGCUUAAAAACACGAAAAUCGACUCUCAAACAGUUCAAGAAUGGUGGUCUAAACAUGUGCAAAUAAUGGUCUAUCAGGCCCCAAUGUGAUAGGAGUCAACAGCAUGGCAACGACAAGGGGUCCUAAGGCAGUUGGAGCAAAAGGCUGGCUAGCAGUUACCAGGGCAGUUACCAAGGUAGUUACACCUAGUGGCUAUAAAUAGGAGAAACCAAU